UCGGCCGAGGAAGCGAGAGAAAGAGGAAGCGCACGGAAGGUGUCUUGUUCCGAGAAGGGGGAGGGAGAGACCAGAGACCAAGGGAAGCUUCGCCGAGGAUGGCUGCCGUCGUCCCUCCGCCAGAGACUGCGCUCUCCUCCGCGGCGGAUGGCUCGGAUGACGAAGAUGGGGACCAGUGCCGCAUCUGCCGCUUCCCCGCCGAGGCGGAUCGCCCCCUGCGCCGCCCCUGCGCCUGCAGCGGCAGCAUCAGGUUCGUCCACGACGACUGCCUCCUCCGAUGGCUCGCCACCAGCCGCCAAUCCCGGUGCGAGGUGUGCAGCCGCGAGAUCACCAUCAGCCCUCUCUACGCUCCAAACGCUCCUGCGAGGCUGCCCCUCUCCGAAUUCAUGCUCGGCUUGGCCAACAAGGUCAUGGGCUGGGUUAUCGUGCUGCUCUCCCUCGUCGUCGCGGUCCUCGUCUGGGAAUUCAUCAUGCCCGUCACCACUCUCUGGACAUGGCGCCUCGCUCUCUCCAGGAGCUUUGCUCAAGUGCGACACCUGCUCUCCCUCCGUCUCUCCGCCACCUCCUUCGCAGAUGGGUUCUACAGGUUCAGGUUCAUGCCUUCCGUGGAUACCAUAUUCGCCUGUGUUUCUAUCAGAAGAGCCUUCGUCAGGGACCUUGGCCAUUUUAGACAGCUUAACGGGCUUGCCAGAAUUGGUGCUGAUGCUGUUGCUCCAUUUGCUCUCUGGGUUGCUCGCCUGGAAACUCACCUUCAGAACAGAUUUGGGGGAUUGGAUAGCCUGCAAGUCCUUGCGCUGCAUACCGUGGAAGCUUCCUUGAUGGUGGUGAUAAUAGUUGAUAUAGGCAUUGCUUUCAUGUUUGGUUUUGUUCCGUUCACGUUGGGAAGGAUAAUCCUAUGGUGUGUUUCAUGUUUCAAUUUUGGAAAUGUGGAUGAUGUCAACUCAUACGCUUCAACAGCUUAUAUCAUUUUAAUUGGAUAUGGAUUCAUCUUUUCACUGGGUGUAACUUUUGCUGGGAUGCAUACUUUCCAUCAAUACUCAAGGGGAGAGCGCCUUCUGAUUGCCAUUUUCUUCAAGAUCUUGGCUGAUGGGAUAUGCUGGUUGUUGAGCCCCUUUAGAUGGCUGCAUCGUAUACAUGUAAUGGUCCGCAAGACAUUCUCUCUCUGCCAGAUGUUCUUCAGAGGGAUCGCAAAUUUGAUCACUUUUGCCAACUUUUCUCUUAAUGUCAUAAACAUGGUUAUAGUAUUUCCCUUGCUCUUUGGCUGGUCUCUUGAUAUCUGUACUUCGAAAAUGUUUGGUGCAACAAUACAUCAAAGGUUCAAACUUCUGUGGACUUCAUCCUUUUCUUCUAUUAUUCUACAUUGGCUUACUGGAUGCAUCUUUUUGAUACUACGCUCCAAGUUGUCCAGUCUUCUUCGCCCGAUAUUGAGGCCAGGAGUUAGUAUUCCAUUUGUCCAUCUUGCUGAAGAGCAUAAUGUGAAACUAUCCAUGCGCGAACCAUUUUAUAUUAUUUCUUUCAAGAAGCUUCCUCGUCUUUUUGCUGGCAUUAUCAAUGUUGGUAUGGUCUUUCUUGUUCCCGUUCAAAUCGCUGGUGGAUUGGCACCUAAGUUGUUCCCAUUAGAUAUCACCUACUUCGAUCCUCCUACUAAGGGCACAUCAUUUUGGCAAGCGCCACGGACCUAUGCAGAGUUACUUUCUGGCAUUGUUUUUCUGAGCUUUCUCAUUUGCAAUACACUCAAAUACCUUCAACCUCACAAACUGGUGGAGAAGAUACUGCGAAAUUGGUUUGCCACUACUGGACAAGCUCUUGAUCUAUUAGAUUUGUUGAUUGUCCAGCCUGAUGGAGCCUGUAGACAUGAGGUUAGUAAUAGUGUUGCACCAAAUGACCAGUAUGGCAGCACUUAUGAAGCUAUGGCUAAUAGGAGAUCUGUUGCAGUUCGAAUGACACUGCUUGUUGUGCUAGCAUGGUUGACUGUUGUGAUAUUCAACACUGUUGUGCUUAUCUUUCCAAUCUCAGUUGGGCGUGCAUUAUUGUUGGCCAUCCCUCAGCUGCCAGUAGCAGGCGGAUUUAAGUUCAAUGAUCUGUUUGCAUUUGCUGUUGGAUUUUGCACCAUAUCAACUAUUAUUGCCGCCUCUAGAGAAUCAUUUGUCAACAUGACUUCUGGGAGAACAUGCCUUCUAGCUUCUGUCAUCUGCAAGUGGGGUAUAACAGCUCUGAAGAGCUCUCCUCUUUUGUUCAUAUGGAUUGUUAUCAUUCCCAUUCUGAUAGGACUGCUGGUUGAUUUUCUCCUGAUAUCACCCUUCAAGUUUCUGGUUGAUUUUCUAGUGAUGUCACCCUUCAUUGUGCCUGCUGAUGACAUUCCAGUUCUCGACCUUUUCAGCAUUUGGUUCCUGGGGCUGCUAUUGCUGAAAUUCUGGACUAAUUUGGCUCAUUGGACAAGGGACGCGCCUUUCCUGGCUCAUUUCAUUGAUGGAAGAUGGGACUGGAAGCUUACUCGAGCAAAGGACGAUGGUUUUGCAGGGUUGAGGACAAAGUGGGUCUUUCAAGAUAUAUUGAUGCCUGUCACCAUGAAGCUAGUGAUUGUUCUAGGUGUUCCUUAUGUGCUUGCGAAGGGCCUUUUCCCAAGGUUUGGUUACUCUGCUGCGGUGAACUCGGCGGUGUACCAUUUCGCAUGGCUGGGCAGCCUCGCCUUGUGUGGGCUCUGCUACCUUGCCAAGGUAUUCUGGGGUGCCCUGGUGAAACUCCACGAUUCUAUCAGGGAUGAGCGCUAUAUUAUAGGGCAGAGGCUGCAAGACUACACUGACAACAGCUGAAGGCCCUUCUCCUUGCAAGUUGCAACUCAGUUUUCUAUAGUAGUUAGGUUUAAACAGAACAACAGUCGGCGCCAGGAAGCGAAGAGGCCGUGUUACUGAUGGAGAUGAUACAGUGAGAUGUCGCAGAGGUAGCUUGCUUGUAAAUAUGGAUGUAGGUUUAGUUGCCAUCAGCUGUUAGUCACGAUCUUGUGCCGGUUUGGUAGGAUGCGGAAUGUUGAGAGUUUGAUCGUUAUCGUGGUUGUAAUAGCCUGUGGUUCUCAGGAAUCUCAUACGUUUUUCUGCGAUCGUCAUUACCCAAGGGCCUUGGUCUGGUGCUGAUUCAGGCAAUGUUAUCAAAUUCCAAGGUUUUCUGCUUGUUUC